GAAGAGAUAGGGAAAUGGGGCAGAGGGGUGCGUGGGAAAGUGGGUGCAGGGAAUUUGGGGUGGGGGGCCUGGAAGGGAGGAGUGGGGAACACCCCCAGAGACCCUGUUCCCCGUACCCCACUUUCCGUGGAGCUCCUUCCCAAGCACCAGGACCCGCCUGAGACCCCCGGUUUUGGGAUCUCAGCCUCUCAGGAUCCCCCGACACCCCAGUUUUGGGGUCCCUGACCCCCGGUUUUGAUGUCCCUGCACCGCCAGCACCCCCUAACCCACUGCUUUUGGGAUCCCAGCACCCCCUGCACCCUGGAUUUGGGGUCCCUGACCCCCUGUUUUGGUGUCCCAGGACCCCUGGCCCUCUGAUUUUGGUGUUCCAGCCCCCCAGGCCCCUCUAACCCUCUGAUUUUGGUGUCCUAGCACCCCCUACACCUCUGAUUCGAUCUCCCUGCACCCCCUGUCCUCCCCCCCUCCCCAUUCCUGGGGUGCCAGCCCCUCCCGCUCCCCAUGGAUACACCAGAGCCGGGCAGCGCUGCCGAGGAUGAGGAGGAGAAGGUUCCAGAAGUGCGGCCCCGCACUCGCUCCAACCCUGAGGGUGCUGAGGACCGGGGCCAGCCCGGGGUGGGCAACCGGAGUGAGGGUGAAGGGGAGGCGGCCAGCGCUGGGCACAGCCCCCAGGCCAGCCCCGGGCAGGGCAGCGCCUGGCAUGGCCCCGCCGAGGUGCAGGUGAAAACACCCCGGGUGAACUGCCCCGAGAAGGUGAUCAUCUGCCUGGACCUGGCUGAGGAGAUGGCACUGCCCAAACUGGAGUCCUUCAACGGCUCUCAGGGUUCACCUCAGACCCACGUGAGGUUUGCAGCUGCCUCUACGACCUGGACACUGUCGUGUGCCAGUCCUUCAGUAUCCUGCCAUCAGUGCCACUGGGGUCACUGGGGUGCCAUUGGGGUGUCCUGGGUGCCACCAGAGUGUUCUGGGUGCCAUCGGGGUGCCACCAGAGUCCCUUGGGUGUCAGGUGUCCCAGGGGUGUCACAGGUCUCCUUGGGGAUGGCACAGGUGUCCCUGGGGGUGUCACAGGUGCCAGGUGCCAGCCUUGACCCCCAGCUCAGAUCUGGACGGGCUCUUCAACCUCAUCCAGCAGAAGAUCGAGCUGCCGGUGACCGACAAUGUCCAGACCAUCCCCCCUCCCUUCGUGGUGAGAACCAUCCUGGUGUUCGGGCGCCCACGCUGCCAGCCCCAGUUCUGUGGGGGCGACCACGUCAAGAAGUUGCUGCAGUGCCCCUAUUUCUUCUUCGAUGUCGUUUACAUCCACAACGGGCAGGAUGACAAGGAGGACGAGGGUAGCUGGAAGGACAUGUUCGGAUUUUUUGGCAGCCUGGACACCAAAGGCACCAAUUACAAAUACGAGGUGGCGCUGGCAGGGCCUGCACUGGAGCUGCACAACUGCAUGGCCAAGCUCCUGGCGCAUCCCCUGCAGCGCCCCUGCCAGA